AAUUCAACAGCCUCUCUCUCUCUCUCUCUCUCUCUCUCUCUCUCCCUUCCUCCCAUUUUCAUCUCUCUCCUUCUAUUCUCUCGUAGGUCAAAACCAAGCGACCAUUUUGGGACCCCUCAAGGUUGGUAAAUUAUCAGAGAUGAAUAUAUAGGACCAUUUUCAAAGAUAAUACACACCCAUACAGAUUCAGAUUACUACUAUCCAUGUCUGCAAAUUUCUCUUCAGUCAUGAUUCGGACGCUUUCAGGUUGCAUUUUCUUAAUUGCAGCCGUAUGUUGAAGAUAAAAAAAAAAGGAACAAAUGAGGAUGAGGAACAAAUACAGGAAACCGACCAAUUUACAUUGCCAUGCAGGAACCAGGUGCUCAUUUUCCGUUGUUGUGUGGAGCUUGGUGGGAUGCCUCGUUAUGCUCCAUCUGUACUCCCUUGUUCAACACAAACAUGGGCGGGGUGGAGAGAUCCAAGUGCACAUGAGCCACCACCCUCUAUUACGUGAACUUGAAGAGGUGGAGGAGGAGAAUAUUCAAAUUCCCCCACCAAAGGGAAAACGAUCCCCACGUGCCGCCAAACGGAGGCCUAGGCCUAAGCGGACAGCUACCAUUAUGGAUGAAUUCCUUGAUGAGUCUUCCCAACUUAGGCAUGUAUUCUUCCCUGAUUGGAAAACUGCUAUAGAUCCAGUGAAGGAUUCUGGCAAUGAAAGCUUCUACUAUUUUCCUGGGAGGAUUUGGCUGGAUACUGAUGGAAACCCUAUUCAAGCUCAUGGAGGUGGUAUUCUGUAUGAUGAGAGAUCAAUGACAUACUAUUGGUAUGGAGAGUAUAAAGAUGGGCUCACUUACCAUGCCCACAAAAAGGGAGCAGCGCGGGUUGACAUUAUUGGCGUGGGUUGCUAUUCUUCCAAGGAUUUGUGGACUUGGAAAAACGAGGGCAUUGUUUUGGCUGCAGAAGAAACAGACAAGACCCAUGAUCUACACAAAUCCAACGUGCUUGAGAGGCCCAAAGUAAUUUACAAUGAAAAAACCGGUAAAUAUGUCAUGUGGAUGCAUAUUGAUGAUGCCAACUACACCAAAGCCUCGGUGGGCGUUGCCGUGAGUGAUUCCCCCACCGGUCCUUUCAAUUAUCUCUACAGAAAACGGCCCCACGGGUUCGAUAGCCGGGACAUGACGAUCUUCAAAGAUGACGACGGUGUAGCCUAUCUCAUCUACUCCACAGAGGACAAUAGUGAACUUCAUAUCGGUCCACUCGAUCAAGAUUACCUCAACGUGACACGUGUCAUGAGAAGGAUUCUUGUGGGUCAACACCGAGAAGCCCCGGCUCUGUUCAAGUAUCAGGGGACUUACUACAUGAUCACAUCAGGCUGCUCUGGUUGGGCCCCUAAUCAGGCACUGGCUCAUGCAGCCGAAUCAAUCUUGGGGCUGUGGGAGACAAUGGGGAACCCGUGCAUUGGGGGUAACAAAAUUUUUCGACACACAACAUUCUUUUCUCAGAGCACGUUUGUACUUCCUUUGCCAAGCCUUCCUGGUUCUUUUAUAUUCAUGGCAGAUCGGUGGAACCCAGUUGACUUGAGGGACUCAAGAUAUGUAUGGUUGCCUUUGACGGUGAGGGGCGCAGCGGACCGGCCUCUUGACUACAAUUUUGGGUUCCCAUUGUGGUCAAGAGUGUCGAUAUAUUGGCAUAAAAAAUGGAGGCUUCCUUAUAGGUGGAGUGUGAAGAAAUGAUGUAUGUGAAUCAAGCUCUAUUGUUGGCCGUGAAGAUCUCUUUUUGUAGGUCAUGUUAAUAUUUGUUCUUGAGGAAGGUUAAGUGUAUAUGGAGAAGGAUUACAUAUUUGCUUGAAGAAUUACACUGUUUUCGCAAAAUGUUUUCUUUGAUGGAUUAUGCGGAUAAAUGGCUAUGAUGUGCAACCGAUGCUCCAACCCCUCACCCAGAAAGCAUGAAAGAGAUCACAAAUGUUGUGAGUUGGAGAAACCAUUGGUUCAUGGUGGCCACGCCUUGACUGAGUUUGUUUGGAGUUGGGAGAUGGCAUGACUAACACGCUUGGUUAUUACAUUCGAAUUGGUCUAUUGAAUUUGAAUCUGAUUUGAGGUAUGUUUUCUGUGAAUCUGAAGCAAAUUAUUGUGCAUAGGAGUUUUGUGUGUUUAUAGGUGUAAUUUAUAUGGAAGAAUUUGUAAUUUCAUUAGAUAACAAAGAACAUUUAGUGUUUGGUAACGUUUACGUUUUUUUUUGUUUAUGUUUACAAAAAUUUUAUAAA